AUGCAAGCUACCAGAGUUAUCAGCCGCAACCUCUCCCCAAGUUUCCAUCGAGGGAGAAAACAACUGCGUGUAGUCAACCCGACUCCUCCAUCAUACGCAACACACAAUCCAUCGAUCGAUUCAGAUCAGCUUGCCUACCGAUUAUGCGAAUUAUCAUUACAAAAGAUUCAAAAAGAAGCCCGGGCUUCAGAGCCUGAUAUUCGGCAUGUGUUGGCGUGUACUUCCAUGCAGCGUUUAGCUCAGCAAGAUCUUAUGUAUCGACUUGACACGUUACAAACUGCUAUGGAUGCCCCCGCGCUGCCCCUACUUCCGGGAGCGGAUGAGCCGUUGAUGGGGGAUGAUGAAGAGAUGGAUAUGAGAUCGCUUGAGAUUGCUGUGUCUGAGCUGGAAACUGCUAGUAGAAGGAGCGAGCUAGCUCGAUUUAUCUGCUUCCAGCAAAUUAAGGAUAUGUGA